AUGAUGGGCGCGUCCUUUUCUGACAUAGCGUUGGAGACGAGUGAUGGAAAAGAGAUUCGUGCUCACCGUUGCGUUCUCGCUGCAUGGUCUCCUGUCUUCUCAAGGAUGUUUGAGGAGAUGUGGACCUACCAGAGACUGGAGCUCCUAAUUGCUGCUGACAAAUAUGGAGUUCAGGAACUCAAGCAACGCCUGGAUAAGGAUCUAUGUGGAGAACUCAAUGAUGACACUGCUUUCGAAUGUUUGAAGGUCGCGGAUAUGCACGGUGCAUCAUUGCUACGAGAAGCCUCUUCUAAGUACAUAGUGAAUAUGAAUCCUGAAACGAGUAUGAUUCCCCUGAAGCGUAUGCUGCUCGGGGAUAAUAAUAUGGACAGAGAACUGGCAGUGGAUUUGAUUGAAAAACUGUGGUCAAAAAGGGUUUGA